AUGGCUGUUUCAUCAUUGGCUCAGGACCAUAACGUGCUCGAACAAUUUCGAAUCAACACGUCUCAACUGGCAUCCCUUUACGUCGGUGAUCUUGAUCCAAAGGUCACCGAGGCACUGUUAUUUGAAAAAUUCUCCCGUGCUGGGCAAAUUUUGUCGAUUCGCGUAUGUCGCGAUCGCAAUUUGCGCACGUCGCUUGGCUAUGCGUACAUCAAUUUUCGCGAUCAUGAAUCUGCUGAUCGAGCGAUGGAUACGCUCAAUUUUGAGCCAAUGUUCGGCAAACCAAUGCGGAUAAUGUGGUCGAUUCGUGAUCCAAUGUAUCGACGCCAUACUCGAAGCAACAUAUUCAUACGAAACUUGGGUCGUACUGUGGAUAGCAAAGCAGUCCAUGAUACAUUUUCAUUGUUGGGGCAGAUUAUGUCGUGCAAGGUGUCCACUAAUAAUGGCAAAAAUCUUGGGCACGCGUUUGUUCAUUUCGACACUGAAGCGGCUGCGAACGAAGCAAUUGAGAAACUCAAUGGAAUGCUUCUGUUUGGAAGGCAAAUUUAUGUAGGCAGAUUUCAGCCGAGACAUGAGCGUCAUAGGCUCUUCGGCAACCCGGCUGACAAAUUCAGCAACGUUUUUGUGAAGAACUUUGGCGACAAAUGGGAUCAGCCGAAACUUCAAGAAAUGUUUAGCGCGUUUGGAGAGAUCACCAGCUGCGUUGUGAUGACUGAUGACAACGGUGUUUCAAAAGGAUUCGGAUUUGUCGCAUAUACCAAUACCGAAAAUGCCCAUGCUGCCGUCGAUGGGAUGAACGGAAAAUUGGUUGAGGGAACCGACAACAUUCUUGUCGUCUGCCGAGCUCAGCCAAAGUGUGAGCGUGUAAUCGAGCUUCGAAAAAAGCACAGAGAGCGAAAUAUCGAGCUCAUUCAGAAAUACAAAGGAGUCAACCUCUAUGUGAAAAAUCUUGAUAUUUCUGUAGACGAUGAACAACUUCACAAUCUAUUCAAAAAUUUUGGAACUAUUACAUCGGCGAAAAUCAUGUGUGAAGACAAUGGAAUUUCACGUGGCUUCGGUUUUGUUUGCUUUGAGAAGCCGGAAGAGGCGACUAACGCCGUCACUGAGAUGAACGGCAAAAUGGUUAAAUCAAAACCACUUUACGUGGCGCUUGCUCAACGUAAAGCCGAACGAAUCGCGAUUCUUGCUUCCAAGUUUGUGCAGAACAUGGCGCAACAACGCUUGCAGGAGCGCCUUUUGGCCGAACAAGUUGCUCAAGCAGCCCAGGCGGCUCAGGCGGCUCGAUUUGCUAGCCAACAGUCUUCGGCUCCCUCGUAUAUGAGAGUUCCAAUGAUGAACGCGCAUCCUGGACAACAUGCUUACAGAUCAUCAGCCUCGAUUAAUUAUAGCGGCAAUCAUAUAUAUCCAAAUCAAUUCAAUCAGCCUGGACUUCGUCCGCCGUAUGCGUUGUCGGCUCCACGCGUGUUCUACACUGGACCUAGCAGACAUUCAAACUACCAUAACAAUCGUUAUGUACCACGCGGACAUCGCUACAAUCAGCAAUACUAUCAACGCCAGAACCAGAUCAUCAUUUCCGGGCAGGCGCCGUUGACAUCUCAUAUGCUUGCUCAGGCGGCACCGCAAGAGCAAAAACAGCUGCUCGGGGAACGCAUCUAUCCACUCAUUGAGAAGAAGUUCCCACAAUAUAAGGAAACGGGAAAGCUAACUGGAAUGAUGCUUGAGAUGGACAACUCCGAGUUUAUAAUCUUGCUUCAAGAUGAGGAGGCAUUUAGAGGAAAGCUCGCUGAAGCCGCUGCUGUUCUCAACGGAAUUCGUUAA